AUGCGAUACGAUUCACAAUAUAUCUUCAUUGUCGACAACAUCUUAUUGACGUAUCCAGCUCUACUCUCGAGUACAAGCAAAGUUAUUGUUCUCCCACUUCCGAGUCAAAAGUGUGGUCCCAUGUUAACUGUUGAGCGCAAUUCCUCAAGAGUGGAUUCGGCAUCACCUGUUCAACUACCGGUCUGUAUUCCUGAGGUUAUCAGAUCUACAGAAGUUCACACGAUUCGUAGUUCUAGCCCACACGAGAAAUAA